UGGCCGGGACUCAGGGCCUCGGGGUGGCGUCUCUCGCUGUUCCUGUGUUCGCCGCCGGGGCCUCCGUCCGCUCUUCGUCAUGAGAGGAGACAGAAUCCUAAGGCAAAAAUAUCUGGACCACAUAAAAAAUAUUCAAGGGUCAUGCAAGCCAACUGUAGUCAAUUGCACAGUCCUCCAGUAGCUGCAGGCAAUGAGAGUGCCUCAGCCUCCCAUUGUGUCCAUACAAGAUUGACAGGAGGUGCUUCUUGUCUUCAUUCUGGAGACGUUCAUAUACAGAUAAACUCCAUACCUAAAGAAUGUGCUGAAAAUCCAAGCUCCAGAAAUACAAGGUCAGGUGUCUGUAGCUGUACCUAUGGAUGUGUACAUAGUCCCUCACGGAGUCACUCCCACAGUGAAGCAAGACGGCCUAAUGAUAACGUCAUGGAGUCUGGAGAUCAUAGUAGUAACUCCUUCUCAGAAUUCCAUUAUCUCUUCAAGUGGUUGCAAAAAAGUCUUCCAUAUAUUCUGAUUCUGGGUGUCAAACUUGUAAUGCAGCAUAUAACAGGAAUUUCUCUUGGAAUUGGGCUGCUUACAACUUUUAUGUAUGCAAACAAAAGCAUUGUAAAUCAGGUUUUUCUAAGAGAAAGGUGCUCAAAGAUUCAGUGUGCUUGGUUACUGGUAUUCUUAGCAGGAUCGUCUGUUCUUUUAUAUUACGCCUUUCAUUCUCAGUCACUUUAUUACAGCUUAAUUUUUUUAAAUCCUACUUUGGAACAUUUGAGCUUCUGGGAAGUACUUUGGAUUACUGGAAUUACAGACUUCAUUCUGAAAUUCCUCUUCAUGGGCUUAAAAUGCCUUAUUUUAUUGGUGCCUUGUUUCAUCUUGCCUUUUAAAUCUAAGGGUUACUGGUAUAUGCUUUUAGAAGAAUUAUGUCAGUAUUACCGAACUUUUGUUCCCAUGCCAGUUUGGUUCCGUUACCUUAUAAGCUAUGGGAAUUUUGAUAAUGUAACACAGAGUCUUGGGAUAGCGCUGGCUUUACUCUACCUCAUACUAAAACUUUUGGACAUUACUGGACAUGUGAGGACUUUUCUACGGGUUUUGCGAAUAUUUUUUACACGACCAAGUUAUGGAGUAACUGCCACCAAGAGACAAUGUUCAGAUGUGGAUGAUAUUUGUUCAAUAUGUCAAGCUGAAUUUCAAAAGCCAAUUCUACUCAUCUGUCAGCAUAUAUUUUGUGAAGAGUGCAUUACCAUAUGGUUUAACAGAGAGAAAACAUGUCCGCUGUGCAGAACUGUGAUUUCAGACCAUAUAAAUAAAUGGAAAGAUGGAGCCACUUCAUCACAUCUUCAAAUAUAUUAAGUUGUUUAAACUGUUAAGGCCACAAACACUAAUUUCACUUGCUAACAGUUACUAUUGAGAGACAUUAGCAUGGAUUUUCACAGACAAAAGGAAGAAUUUUCUCAACUGUCUUAGAAUAUUAUAAGACGUAAGUGUAUAUUUCACUUUAUCAAAAGUUAAUGAACCCUGUAUUUUAAAAAAUUUGUAAUGUUCAACAUAAUGCAACAUUUGUUCUACCCUAUUUGACAGGUGAUUACAGUGUUAAGUUGUAAAUAUGUUUUCUUGUUAAUGUUACCAAAACAGCAAUUGGUUAACUAGAACUAGUGGGCUUAGAGGAACUCAGGUAUUCUUUCCUGACAUUGUUUUCAGAAUAAAGAGUAUUUUUCAUAUUUUAAGAUACAUAUUAGCUGAAAGUUUCCUUUAGCAUCAAUUUUUAUAAUUCCCAUUCUAAAAAUUCUUAAAGUUUUCAUAAAAUUUGUAUUUUUAAAGUUCCAAAUGCUAUAUUUUACCUGUAACAAUCAGAUUUUCUAAGUAGAGAUUAAUUUGCUGAGGAUAUAUUUUAAUAUUGUAUUAUUCUCCAUAGUGUGGUUACCAAUCAGUGAGAAUAGAUGAUAUAAAUUCA